AUGCAUUUCCCUCGACUCCCGCGGACAGAGGCAGCGUUCUUGCUGGCGUUAUUGAUGUCCCCGCUGCCCGCUGCCUCGAUGCUGGAUUGCAAGCACAUCCUCGUGGACGAUGUCUCGUUCAAUCUCGGGGAACUGGCCGGGCCGCACAGCGUCGUGACCAGCAGAUGGCAUCCCCCCACCUACACGAACACGUCCUACACGGUCGACAUCUGCGCUCCUCUCAAGCGCAAGGGAGAUGUCAAGAAUGAGGAACAAUGCCCCAGCUUCACGAGAGUCUGUGCCAUCGAACGUAACAUCCACCCGGGCCAGGACAACAAGGACGAAGUCGAAAAGGUGAUACCCAUCGCUGGCGAGCUGGGCGACCACGGCGGAAGGGCUUUGGACGCCAAGCCCGAGCGACUCAAGUCGAGCGACUCCAACUCGGAUGCGAAGAAGGAGGGGGUUCGGCUCAUCCUCAACGGUGGCUCUUAUCCUCUGGGGAAGAGCGGCAGAAAUCAAAAGGCCAUUAUUGAGUUCAUCUGCGACCGCGAGAAGUCGGGCCUCGAGGGUGAAGUCAAGCCCGAGGACCAGUACGACGGCAGCCAAUUCCGAGCACGCGAGGAUGACAAGGACGGCAAAGACAGCAAGGACGGCGAAGACGACGGGCCCUCGCCCGAGGAAAAGCAGAUUUUGAAGCCCGACAGCGCCUUGAUCUGGAAUAGCUACGGCCCGAACGAGAAGAACGACAUGGACGUCCUGAGGUUGACUUGGCACACCAAGUGGGCAUGCGAAGAUGCAUUCGGCAAGCCGCCCAGCGAAGGCGGCAGCGGCGGUGACUCGAGCAGCCACUGGGGCUUCUUCACCUGGUUCAUUGUUCUGGCUUUUCUCGGCAUCGCGGCAUACCUCAUUUUUGGCUCCUGGCUGAACUACAACCGCUACGGCGCUAGGGGCUGGGAUCUUCUGCCGCACGGUGACACGAUCCGCGAUAUCCCUUACUUGGUUAAGGACUGGACCCGCAGCGUGCUGAGCACCGUCAACGGCAGCGGGAGCCGUGGCGGUUACAGCGCAGUCUAG